AUGGCCGGCCCGACAGGCGGUCGCCUCCCGCCCAACGCGCAGCAGAUCGGACCGGGCAUAUUCAAGGCCCGUGGCCCUUACCGCGCGCCUUUCAUCUACAGAUUUGCCGGCACGGCGCUGAGUGCUAGCAUGUGGUUUUUUUUGAUGUACAGGGCAAAGAAGGAUGGUCCUGUAUUGUUGGGCUGGAAGCACCCUUGGGAUCACUAG